GGAGUGAAGCGAGUAAGAUUAGGUUAGGGGUUAGGUUAGUCUAAGGCGUACCGGGAAUGACUGAGGAGCGUCAACCAGCAUCAACUGCGAUACACUGGACGCACGGACGAGCGAUUAAAGAGAUGCUGCCGAAGUGGAGUUGGAUCGUCCUUAAUCUUAUUGUCUAUGUAAGCACUGCCCCACAUAAGAAAGCUCUUCUGGAGGACGAAGCUAAAGCUAAAGCUUUCUUCGAACUAACCGAGUUAGAUUAUGAAGAUGCGUGUUACAACAUUGCCAACGUUCAAUGGUUAUUUAUCAUGUCACCGUCCAACGAAACCUUAUUAUCAUGGGAGAUACAACAAUAUAACUAUACAGAAUUUAUGAAAAUGCAAAAGAGCGAAGUAAUUAAUAAAAUAAAAAAUACGAAAGAACAGCUGGAUCCAUCUCUUCAAUAUAAAUAUGAUGUGAUUGAGAAACCUGGUGACACAUUACUGAGUGACGAAGAUUGGAAGAAGUUUAUACAUUUUGCUGGCUCUGUGGAAUUACGGCGAUCAAUUAUUAGUCACGUGAAUAAGUCAUACAAUUAUUCACGGGAAGAUGUAGAAUAUUUGCUCUCUCAUAGUGGAAAAUUAAAAGAUAAGCAAGCUGCUUGGAACGCUUGGUAUCGCCAAUUUAUACCAUUAGUGACAAAUUAUUCAAAUAAUUUGCUACUCGUUGCUGAAGCCGCAAAACAAAAUGAUGCCAAGGAUGUUAAGGACUAUUGGGAAAUGCUGUCAGGAUAUUCUGACGGAUAUGACAAAAUGAACAGUGAAUGGAGUCGGAUUAAUAAUCUUUACAAGAAGAUUGUGAAAUUUAUCGGUACUAAUUUGGCUCAAAAAUACAAUAUCACUAUAAACGAUACAAUUCCAGCUUAUUUACUUGGCAGCCUACAAGGAUACGACUGGACAGAUUUAUCGUCAGACGUCUUGCCUUAUUCAGAGUUAAUUUAUGAUAUAAAAAAAAAUCUCUGGAAAAAGAAAUAUGUUGGAAGAUCUUUGUACAAGACUGCAUCCAAUUUGGGUUCAAUAUUACUGAAACAAGUUCCGCAGGCAGAAUUUUGGGAUGAAAGUGAAUUUAACCAAUCGUGUCCAUCUAGAUUGUUAAACUUCUGUAGAGAUGGCACAAUGAGAGUUUCUACUUGUUCCAAAGCCACAAUGAGCAAUUUCCUGACAGCGUAUGAAGAUGUUGGAAAAGUAUUAUUUAAUCAAAUAGCUAUAGAAAAUACUCCCGUUCUCGAUACAGUUAACAGAUAUUCGGGAUUAGAAGAAGGUAUAUCGACGAUAUUUGGAAUAUUAUCGGGAAGUCCUGCGUGGCUCAAUCAUACUGGUUUAAUGAAUAGUACUGAAGAUAAUGAGGAACGAAUGAUCGUAUCUUUAAUGAUAACCGCUCUGAAUGUACUUCCGCGAUUAGCAUAUUAUUACGCUGCCGAUUUAUGGAGAUUAAACGCGAUUCAAGAGAAUAUCAUUGAUCCAACUGAUUUAGUAACAUCUUGGUGGACGUAUAGGGAAGAGUAUGAAGGUAUCUCUUCUGUUGAUACGGAUAUUCCAACCUUCAUGGACGACAGUUAUAUUAUUAGAAAUAAACCAUAUCUUCCUAAAAUUCUUGGCACACUGCUAGCUUUUCAAUUAUACGAAUAUAAUUUGGAUUCGACCGAAGUCAGAUACAACGAUAUCGAUGGAAAAGUAAUGACUAACGAUGUAAUAAAAAUGAUUCAGCACAGUGGAGCCCGCGAAUGGCAAGACCUUCUUAAUACAUUCGUCAAUAUGGACGAUAUAUCUGUGAAUUCGCUUAUACUGUAUUUUUCACCGCUAGAGGAAUUUAUUGAAGAAAAUGAGGAGAUCUUUAAAUAUAAAUCUGGUGCGACUGCUGAUACAGAGCUUGACGAAUUGGAGAAACAUGUGUUGCGAGAAAUCAAUACUCCUACUACAAUGCCUCCGCCUACCACACGCAGAAUAACAACAAAAGCGACGUCAUACAAGACAAACAGUGACGCGAAAAAUAUGCAACCAAAAGUAGGAAAAUCUUUAGAAUCUAAAUCGUCCAUAUAUGUGGAAGAUAAGCCGAAAAAUUCGGAAUCCGACUUAUCAACUCAAGUUUCCUUUGACAAAUCUUCAACAGCGAAGCCUGAUAUUUUGAACGAAGACACAGAAAAUGAUACAUUAAAGAUUAGUACUAGUAAAGCAGUAUGGGCUAUAAGCGCGGUUCUCAUUGCGAUAAUAGUCAUCUGUAUCAUUGCGAUUUUCGGAAGACGAAGAUGUCGUAAAACGCCAAAAAAUAGACGAUACGUUUAGCAAUAUAAACUUUUGUCACUAAACAUAUUUAUUUCUCGUAUUUAGACGUUAAGAGAAUUCUGAUCAUGUAACUUAUUAUCGCAACAAUGUCUCAUUAAGGGACUCAUUUUCUAAUUUGGAGUAUUCGAUAUCAUGCAUUCCUUAGCAAUGUUUCUUGUACAUCACGUAUAUUUUUUUGGACAUCACUAAUGGUCAAUUAGCUCAAUCACGUUUGCCUUGUAUCUCUACCUCCAAAUCUUAUUCAGGAAUGAACUUUUGGCUACGUUUUGGAUGUUACAAAAGUCCUGAUACUAGAUAGAUCUCUCGAUCGACAUUUAUGCAUUAUCCUAUAUCGUAUAUUUAUAUCUAUAUCGUAUAGUUACAACAAUAAGAAUAAUAUUAGGCACAAAGAAUUCGAAACGAAUGUGAAAUAAAAUAUAGCAAUUUUUACAUAUCUAUAAUAUACUCUUAUAAUAACUUCAAUAUAUAUACAAAAUAUGAUUAUUGAAUUAUUGUAUACAUAUUUAUGUACAGGUAUUCUUUUAUUUACAUUUACUAUCUCAAUUUGCAAAUUUUCAGAUUUUCUUCCGGUAUUUUAAAAAUUAAUUAGUAAAUUAUAAUGAAGAUGAUUAAGUGACCAGUGAUUUAAAUUAAAUAUUAAUUUUAUAAUAUUAAAUAUUGUAAGUUAUAUUUUCAAUAGAAAAUAAUAUUGGUUUUUAAUCACUUGUUAAAGUUUAUUUGUGUUUGAGCUAAAUAUCAAUUUUACAAUAGCAAAUAUUAUAUUAAGAUAAUCUUUUAAAAAAAUGUUAUUAUUUCUUAAAUAGAGGUAUCUGUAAUCGUUUUUAGUGAUAAAGUAUUUUGUAUAAAAAAAUUUUUUUUAAAUAUGAAAUAUCAAUGUCAUUUGAUUUACGAUUUUGGAAUGUAAUCUCGUCAAAUAGAAGAAUAUCUGUAUAUGUACGUUUUCUUAGUAUAAUUCCUUUGAUUUAUGAUGCCAAACCUAUACCUCGGUGAGUUUAUUGCUCCCUUCAUAUUAUGAUUAUAGUAAAGAAAAUUGUGUAUAUAAUCAAUAGUUACAAAGAGACAUCUAAGAAAAAAGAGUGUAGAUGAUUAAGGACAUAGAGUUUAUACAUAAGAAUGAUUGAACAUUUCAGCGUACUUAGCAUAAGUUGACUAUUUUUCUAUAAAUAUUUAGUACUAUGUCUUCGAGUAUUGUGCUUGUGCGUUAUUUAUACCAUUAUGAAAAUUUAUAUUUUUGUAUAAAGAUAUCUUGUAUAUUAGUCUUGUAUACAUUUGUUCGCUAGAACAAUAAAAUAUUUUAGAUGUAGUUAAAAAAUUAUUUGAUAAUCUAUGGCAAUCUAUGCGAUUGUGUCAAACAAAUCGCGUAGUUUCGCUUGUAAUUUCUUGAAAUUGUAUAUACACAAUUGUAAGAUUUGUAUGCUGUAUAUAUCUAUAUAUAAGUAGUACAGCGUGAAAAACACUGUACCUAUUAAAGAAAUAAACAUUGUAUCUAUUAAUUAAACAGCAUUUCGCCAUCAAAAUAAAA